CCAUUGUAUCAUCAGCAGCAGAGUCUGUUUAUGCACGGAAUCUACUGCAGAGACUGCAGGGCUGAAACAACAAUGACACAGGCAGCUAUAGUGGAACAAAGACACGGAUGCUAUUAGAUCUCUCCAGCGCUGCCCACUACAGACUGACAGGCAUGGAAGUUGGAUCCCUGUAAUGUGCCAGGCACCCAGGCAAGAUUCCCAAGAUUCUAAUGAAAGUCAGACAUAUCCAGUGAGCGAAUCCUCCCACACAAGGCCGCUGCUAUGAGUUGUUCUCCACUGCUGUCAAGAGGAGCAAUGGAAAUGCUGGAUGAGCUGCAGCAGCUGACGGCGAAAACGAUGGAAAAAGUAGAUAUCGCAAAACAAUACGACACCAUCCGGGAACUGGGGAAAGGGACCUAUGGAAGAGUUGAUCUUGCUAUUCACAAAGUGAGAGGUACAAAGAUGGCCCUGAAAUUUCUCAGGAAGAAAACUACAAAGCAGAAGAGCUUUCUUCAAGAAUAUUGCAUCUCCCGAUAUCUGUCUGCAUGUCCGUAUAUUAUUGGCAUGUAUGACAUUGCUUUUGAAACUGAGGAAUAUUACGUCUUUGCCCAAGAAUAUGCAGUCGCUGGGGAUCUUUUUGAUAUUAUUCCACCACAGGUUGGCCUUUCUGAGCAUACCACUAAGCGCUGUAUCUAUCAAGUUGCAUUGGCGCUGGAUUACUUACACAACCAUAAAUUAGUGCAUCGCGAUAUCAAGCCAGAAAAUAUCCUAAUUUUUGACAAAGAAUGUCGGAAAGUCAAACUCUCUGAUUUCGGCAUGACCAGGAUCGCUGGCACCACAGAGAAACGCGUUAGUGGCACCAUACCUUACACAGCCCCAGAGCUUUGUGAAAUGUCAAAGCAUAAUGGUUUCCUAGUGGGACACAGCAUCGAUGUCUGGGCGUUUGGGGUGUUGCUUUUCUGCAUGAUGACUGGUAACUUCCCUUGGGAAAAAGCUCUUCAUUUAGACUCCUUCUACUAUGAGUUUUUGCAAUGGCAACGAUACAAAAGUGCCGCUAUACCUUCACAGUGGCGACGGUUUUCUCCUCAUGCUCUUAAAAUGUUUAGUAAAUUGCUCUCCAUUGAGCCAGAGAAAAGAUGCGCCAUUAAGGAUAUUUUCUGGUAUUUUGGCAAGACGUGGCUGGUGAAUAAAGACGAUUCUCCCACUUCCGAGGCAAAAACAAACGGCGACGUCUUCAUUCAUAUAAAACAACAAGGUCUUCCGUUCAUCGGCGGUGAAGCUCUAAGCAGCAAUAAAACAGAUACGAGUCCAAGUUUGUCUUUCUCAUCCUGCAGCAGCUACGAGGAUGUACCUAAAGAAAGCAGUGCCAGUGCCAUGCUGGGCUCUACGCCAUUUGAAAUCUGUGUAUGAAUUCGUAAUAAAUCUGCUGUACAUUUUAACCAGCAAAAAA